UUUCCGUGGUAACCUGUCCGUCCACCGCUGUCUGGAGCAGCGUACUUUAGAGUUCAUGCGCUGUCUUUCGUGACGUCUCGACUGGCACGACCAGCGGAUUUCAAGGGCUGGAACACCCGUUUUCCCGACCGAAAGACCCAGUAACACCGCCAAGAUGUUGAAUAUGUGGAAAGUGAGGGAGCUGGUUGAUAAAGCAACCAAUGUUGUGAUGAACUAUACAGAAACUGAGUCUAAAGUUCGCGAAGCCACCAAUGAUGACCCGUGGGGACCAUCUGGACAGUUAAUGGGAGAAAUCGCCAGGGACACAUUCAUGUACGAGCAUUUUCCAGAGGUAAUGAACAUGCUGUGGACUAGAAUGCUGAAAGACAACAAGAAAAACUGGAGGAGAGUUUAUAAGUCUUUACUGCUGCUGGCGUACCUGAUCAGAAAUGGUUCUGAACGGGUUAUCACCAGUGCAAGAGAGCACUUGUUUGACUUGCGUUCAAUUGAUAGCUAUCAUUAUGUAGAUGAGAAUGGCAAGGACCAGGGUGUCAAUGUGCGUCAGAAAGUGAAGGAGCUGAUAGAGUUUAUCCAGGAUGAUGACCGAUUGAGAGAGGAGAGGAAAAAGGCCAAGAAAAACAGGGACAAGUACAUAGGCGUGUCCUCUGACAGUAUGUCAGGCUUCAGAUACUCGGAGGACAGGUUUGAUAGUAGAGAUUCACGCUCAAAAUGGGAUGAAGACUGGGGUAAGGGGGCUUUCCCUUUCAGUGAGAAACUGGGAGAGAUCAGCGAUAAGAUCGGAAGCACUAUUGAUGACACCAUUAACAUGUUCCGCAGAAAAGACCGGGACGAUUCGCCUGACAGAUUCAGUGAAGGAGAUGAGGACCGUCGGGGAACCCGAAACGGGCAGUCAGGGAAAUCAGAAUUUAAAGAUGAUGCAGAGACGGUGACAACCAAAAGCGUCCAGAUCGUCCAGGCCACAGAGACCACUCGUAAGAGAGGAGGCAUUCCCUCCAAAGCCAUAAGUCUGGGAGCAGCUGCAAAUUACACUGGCGAUAAACCCUCCAGCAAUACAAACACAAGCCAGACCACAUCAGCAGUGAGCCAGCCCAGUUCUGGUUUGGUGGACUUGUUCUCAGCAGAUCCUGCGCCUGCUCAACCAGCUUCCCAAGUUUCAAGCUCUGACCUGAUUGGAGGUUUUGCCGAUUUCUCUUCUCCUGCAGCUGCAGUCAGUCUUCCAUCAUCAGCUGCCCCAGCAUCCAGUGGGAAUGGAGACUUUGGUGAUUGGAAUGCUUUUUCUGCAGCCCAGCCAGCCGUCCCUGCAGCUCAGCCUGUAAACCCUGCAGGAAUAGAUCUUUUCUCAGGUCUGCAGGUGGCCCCUGCUCCUGCUCCUGCCCCUGUAUCCACAGCACCCUCAUCUGACCUCUUUGACCUACUGGGCUCAUCUCAGACCACUAACUUCAGCACCUCCCAAAGCAUGAACUUCUCCAUGACCUCCUCUCAGACCACUGGCAUGCCAUCGUCCAAAUCACAGCCCCUUCAGUCAAUGGGGACCUCACUGAUGCCCCAGCAACCGCAGAACCCCAAUACCAAAGCCUCUUUGCCGUCCACCUGGUCCAACUCUAAUGUAGACAUAAGCCUGGACUACCUUAGUCCUGGCAUGCAGGCACCCAAACCUUCUCAACCCACACUCAACAUGAUGCAGCAAGGAGUUCAGACUCCUGUGAAUUUGAUGACUCAGGGCUUUGUUGGAAUGAACCUGGGCAUGCAGGCUACCCCUACAAUUGUCAGACCGCCCACCCACACCAUGAUGGGAGGAAUGAACAUGGGCAUGCAGCCUGGCAUGACAGGUAGCGCCAUGCCCAUGCCAACCAUGGGAGGGAUGCCAGUCAAUCAGGGCAUGAUGGGAAUGAAUAUGAACAUGGGCAUGUCUACAGCUCAGAUGGGGAUGACGGGAAGCAUGGGCAUGGGUUCGGGAAUGCCAGUUAUGGGGAUGAGCCCUGCCAUGGGACAGCCUAAACAAGAUGCCUUUGCAGAUUUUGCCAACUUUGGGAAAUGAACUGCAGAGUAUUAUGUGAAAAUUCCUUGAAGAAGCUAUGAAGAGCUGGAAGGCAAAAACUACUUGAACGAUGUCAAAUAAAGCCACACAGGAAAUGUUUGUUUGAAUGAUGCUGAUGUACAACUGGAUUAUUAUGUUAUUUUCAAUGUUCUUCUAAUCAGCUGUACCAAGGAGCCCUAUCGAGGGUGGCUGGUUUGUGCUCAGAAUCAUUUCAGUCAUUGCACUCACACAUCCCACGUUUCCAUUGCGUCGGGAUAUCGCUUUAAGGAAUGUGACGAUCGUGAAUGUCCAUUGACUUUGUCCUCUCACAUAACUUCAAAUUUAACCCAGAAAGCACUGGGUUCCUAAUGCUGUAGGAAAAAUCAUAAUGAUCAGUUCUGGCCUUUCCUCUACUCUGCCUUAAGAUAACUUGUAAAUAUUUUCAUGUGCAGACAAUAAGUUAUUUGAGUUACAAGAUUGAUGAAUUAUGAUGGUGAGGAUUUUUGUAUGGAGUAAAGUUGGUGAUCACUUGCCAUUUUUGUAUUUGA